GGCCUUGACAAGAAUUCAAAUCUGAAAAUCCCAGAAAGGGUCGUUUUGCCCUAAUUGACUUGAUUGCGCAGCAUUUCUCAUACGCCGAGCCACAUGGUUAUGUAAUGUGGAGAUGAAAAAAUAAAAUCCGUGGUUAUGAAAACUUGAAAACAGGCAAAACAGAACCGGAACGAGUUCUUUACGCGGGCGAGUUGUGUUUCCGGGGCAUCAAAGUCAGGUGUACAACUUUAACAUUUUGUACUGAGGAAGGAAUUGUGUUGUUAGAAUGCUUACCGACACAUUUUGAGCAGCGAAAGAAAACACAAAAUGUAAUUUUUUUCUGUUUUUAGCUUGGAACAAGUUUCAGAUGUAUGGUACAUUUCUUUAAACAACGUUGAAUUUUUAAUGAUCAAUUAAAAUAUUUUAGUCCCUACAAUAUUUUUUGGGUCCAGUCACUCUUAGACAUUAUUCCAGUUUAUUGUCGAUGUAAUGCUUAUGCUUUGCACUAGUCUUUCUCUUCCGCCCUUCUCUUUCUUUAAUUAUAUUCCUCAGUGAUAGCAGAGGUAAAAGUGCAGAGGACAUCACUUCACUAUGCACUGUGUAUGAGGUACAUACUUUUAAAACAUGUUGCAUAUUGCAUCCCAAUCCUCAUUUCAGUUUCAUUUUGUGUCAUUUCUACGAAUCAUGUGAUUUAUUUCACUCGUUUGCUUUUAACCUGCACUAUUUUGUGAACCUGUUUCUCUGCGGGUGUCCCUUUGGUCUGAGGAGUGCAGCUCCUCUGUUCGCCCACUAGUCGGCGUUGUUCACCGUUAAAUGUAGCCCGACUGUGACUCUGAGAUUUGAUUAGACAUGCUCCUUUAACUGUUUAAAGAUGAGAUUAGAUUAGAUGGAUCAUUUGGGAUACUUUUGGGUAAACUGGUAAAUGUCUUUUUUAUUUUCAAACAAAUGAAAAAGCAGCCUGCAUGGCUUUGGAAAUUCGUAUUUUAUAUUAAAAUAAGUAGCUUAUAUUUUGUUUUGGUACAGCAAAUGAAAUACAUUGGUUCCGCUAAUUUAAUAUUGUUUGCAUAGGACCUUUAAACAUUAUGUUUAAUAACAGAAAAACAGUGAUGUGCUAUAAAACCUAUCUGUAAUCAGGUUUAGCUUAAAUGUUAAAUUCAGUGUUAAAAUAGAAAGAAAGGUUAAUUAACAUUACAUUAUUCUCUUGUAUUCCUCUUUCUAUGAGAGUGUAAACAUGCUCAAGAAAUUGAUAAAAUUUCACCUUUUUAAGAAAAAUGCAUAAACAAGUGAAGACAAUGUUAAUAAGCGGUCGGUCUCAAAGCAGGAGGCCUUAUGGGUAAUGAGGUUUUGUCUCUCUAAUUCAUCCAUCUGAAAACGUCGAUUGGCCACGCGGCCAACACUUAAAUUGGCCCCAUUGAUUGAUAGCAUAAAAACACAACAAUGCAGCCACAUAGCCCGGGUGGUUUCCCCCCUAUAAGAAAGCUGGCGGAGUGAACUGGGUGUAGCUGUGUCUGUGUGCGCCUUGGCCAAUGGAACCAGAUCCUCCCUGCAGUGCGUAAGAGCGCGAUUUAGGAUUUAACCAAGUCUUUGCUGCGGGGCUGGCUGCAGUCUUCACCAGAGCCCGACGGCCUGAGAGCCUUCCGACGAUGUCAGUGUAGUUUUCGCAUCACUUUGGAGUCAGACUGCUUUUGUUUUUUGAUCAUUAAAUAAAACAAACCCGAGCGUUUCUUCUCGAAGUAUGACUGGAGUAUUCGACCGGAGGAUCUCGAGUGUGAAACCCGCCGACUUUCAGAGCUCAUUUCAACUCUCCACCAUGCACCAUCCGUCUCAGGAAUCUCCUACUUUACCCGAGUCCUCCGCCACGGAUUCUGGCUAUUACAGUCCGGCCGCUGGAGUCACACACGGGUACUGCUCGCCCAGCUCCACUUCGUACGGGAAACCCCUCAAUGCUUACCAGUACCAGUACCCGGGAGUCAAUGGAUCCGCUGGAAAUUACUCGACAAAAACCUACACUGAUUACAGCUCGUACACGACCCCCGCCUACCACCAGUAUGCUGGGACUUACAGCAGAGUGCAAGCCCAGCCAAGUCCUCAAGAAAAAGAGAUCAGCGAGCCAGAGGUGAGGAUGGUGAACGGCAAGCCGAAGAAAGUGAGGAAACCUCGGACCAUCUACUCCAGCUUCCAGCUGGCCGCCCUGCAGAGGCGCUUUCAGAACACACAGUACCUGGCGCUGCCGGAGAGAGCCGAGCUGGCUGCCUCACUAGGACUAACGCAAACACAGGUAAAAAUCUGGUUUCAGAACAGAAGAUCAAAAUUGAAGAAGAUCAUGAAAAACGGUGAGCUUCCCCCGGAGCACAGCCCCAGCUCCAGCGACCCCAUGGCGUGCAACUCCCCACAGUCCCCUGCCGUUUGGGACACACAGGGCCCCUCCAGGCCGCACAGCCUGCAGCCACAAAGCAUCAACUCCACGGCUGCUAACUUUUUGGAAAACUCGGCCUCAUGGUACACCUCCGCCGGAAGCUCCAUGACCCCCCACCUGCAGGCCCCCAACUCGAUACAGCACUCGUUGGCUCUUGGAGCGGGGACGUUAUAUUGAAAAAACAAACAAACACACAAAAAAAACUUGUUGUUCAUUUCAAAUCUUUUUUUUUCUCCUGCUUCUAUGGGACUCGUGUUCAAAUUUCAGAGGAAUAUGCAAUGUAUUUGAUGACAGUCAUAGAAGAAACGUGUAAAAUGUGUAAAUGUGUGCAUGUAAUUUAUUGCAUUUUUGGAAGACUAUUAAACGUUUAAAUGGACAAUGGACCUUUGAACCCUA